AUGCAGUGGCAACCACAGUCUCAAUCUGGCUGCGUCGUCGUGGUCGAUGGUCUUCCAAGAUAUCUUCCUCAAGUCAAAACAGAUAUCCACACGACCAUUUUUGACAUCACGUCAAGGACGCAUUUAAUUCAACAAUUUGUUAAUCCUUCCUCAAAAGACCCAAUCGAUGAGAUCAGUUACGUCUUUCCCCUCUAUGACGGCGUCUCCGUGAUCAGCUUCACUUGCACCGUAGCCGACCGCAUCAUCAAGGGCGUGGUCAAGGAGCGGCAGCAGGCUAGGCGAGACUAUACCCAGGCGAAAGAGGAUGGGAGAGUCGCUGGCCUUGUAGAACAAUCCUUUCAAGCUUCAGAUGUCUUUACUACAACGAUCGGCAAUGUACCCGCUGGUAGGAAAGUGGUUGUCGAAAUUGUCUAUAUAGGCGAGCUGAAGCACGAUGCACAGGCUGACCGAGUGCGCUUGACUAUCCCGACUCGUGUGGCCCCACGAUAUGGAUCUUCGGGGUUGAGCACUGGCGGAAUACACCCGAAAGAAGAGGGCAUAUCGAUGACAGUCGACGUCGAAAUGCCUGAAGGGUCCUUCAUCGAGUCGCUUGCGUCACCCUCUCAUCCAGUUGUUGUCAGCAUUGGCGCCCUGUCCACGGCCGAGGCUUCUUCGGAGCGCUCAUUAAACAAGGCAUCUGCCGUGCUGCACCAGACAAACUCUACUCUGGACCAUGACUUCGUCAUUGAAGUCUCGGCUAAGGGGCUAAUGGAGCCGACCGCGUUUCUGGAAGUACACCCUACGAUUCCCAAUCAGCGGGCUCUCAUGGCGACUCUGGUGCCAAAGUUCAAUAUGCCGGUAUCAGAUCUGCCGGAAAUCGUAUUCUUGUGCGAUCGGAGUGGCAGCAUGGAGACAAAAAUCAGAAACCUUGUUGUUGCAUUAACUACGUUUCUCAAAUCCUUGCCAAUCGGUAUUAAAUUCAACAUCUACAGUUUUGGUAGUUCAUACACCUCUCUAUGGCCAAGGUCGAAAGAGUACGACCAAGAAACGCUUGAACAAGCUGUUGCUCACAUCAACACCUUCAGGGCCGAUUAUGGUGGCACUGAGAUUUAUCCGGCGAUGGAUGGUGCAUUCAAGAAUGCCUACAAGGAUCUCAAUCUUGAAGUUUUCUUGUUGACAGAUGGCCAAAUAUGGAAUCAAGAAGCCCUGUUCAAGUUGAUCAAUGACCAAGCGGCUUCAACUCAAGGCAGGGUCCGAGUUUUCAGUCUCGGCAUAGGGCAUGGUGCCAGCUCAGCACUGGUCGAAGGUGUGGCGAGAGCAGGAAACGGGUUUGCGCAGAUGGUUUCAGACAACGAAAGAAUUGACGACAAGGUCGUCAGAAUGCUAAGAGGAGCUCUUCUUCCGCAUGUAAAUGAGUACACACUCGAGAUCAAGUAUGGGUCAUCGAGCAAUUCUGUUGAAGACGAGGACGACUUCGAACUCAUUGAACGAGUCGUGGAUUCGCUUCAUCUCGAUACAAAUUCGGGUAAGGAGACGGGACCAGCAAAGUCUAAGCAACAGCAAACUAUCUCUCUUUACGACCCAACUGUGGAUAUAGGCAUCGCCGAAGGUACCCGAGACGCAAAAAGGGCCAAGCAUGACCAUUUGUUGACCGUUGAGGCACCUCGUUACCUUCAGACUCCUACCCGGAUUCCACAACUGUACCCAUUCAUUAGGACCACUGUCUACGUUCUACUUUCAAAUACGACACCCGAGAAAACUCCAAAAUCAGUCCUCCUCAAAGGCGCGUUCCAAGACACGAUCUUAGAGCUGGAAAUACCUAUCAAGCAACUUCCAGAAAAGUCAACCACCAUUCACCAGCUGGCGGCCCGGAACGAGACCAAGGACCUUGAGGAGGGUCGUGGAUGGCUCUACAGCGCAGUUGAUAAUGAUGGAACGUACUUGAGAGAUAAAUUCGAAAGCAGAUUUUCCGAGAUGGUUGAGCGUGAAGCAGUCAGGCUAGGGGCACAAUUCCAGGUUGCAGGAAAACACUGCUCAUUCGUCGCUGUCGAGGAGCUCACCUCCACGGUUUUAGGAACUUCCGAUAAUCAAUUAGACAACACUCAACCCAACCUUUCGAGAGCGAUAUAUCCACAUCAAAACGUUGGCCAGGUUCCACAGGCGAACGCUACCUCAGUGGCUGAUUACCAUUCCCAACUAAUGCUGCUCGAGCAACAAAAUAAAAAGAGACUCAUGAUGGCACGGCAAGAGCACGACCUUGCUCCUGGCAAUUUGUUUCUCCAGGCCGCUACGCAGUCCGUCCCUUCGUCGAAUAAUUUCGGAGGCAUGGUCGCUCCUAUGGCCAGCUUCCCCACUGACACUAGACCUCCCGUGUUUACGCCCUCAGCCUUGCACUCUGGCGAUGUGUUGAACGACUUUGAUUUUGAUUCCUUCCUACAUGACGGAAGUGGCAAUAGUGAACCUUUUGAUUUUAAUGCAGGCUUCACCGCCACUGAAGAGACAGUGGGCGAGCUGCCCCAGAGCGUCGCUCAAGCUCCCGCAUUCGUGAGCCCGGGCGUUGUGCAGGCUUCUCCGGACAUUCAAGGCCUUGAUUCUGGAGCUCUCGGUCGCCUCCAUAGACUCAUCUCGCUGCAGACAUUUGCGGGUUCCUGGAUUUUGGACAACAACUUGGAAGAAGUCUUAGGUAUAUCCAGCGAUCAUUUGCUACGCCUGCAUCUACCUGAUUCAGUCGUCAACCACGCGCAAAAGGACGAAAUUAUCGCGACCUCUUGCGUGAUUUCUUUCUUGAGUAGGAAAUUUAGCGCUGAGAGCGGGUCUUGGGAGAUGUUGGUAGAGAAGGCUGACCGUUGGCUGAAGGAGCGCGUUGGGGAGGAUGUAACAAUCCUCAAAGCGGCUCUUGAAUCUUCUCCUAUGGUCAGCAUGUUCACCUAA